UCGUCAUCAUGGAGAGAGUUGUGUUUCGGACACCGGAAUCCGGUACAAUUCGAGUUACGUGGCGGCGGAGAUGAAAGGUAAUGAUGCUGAGAAUUGGAAAUUUCAUGCGGUGGAGUUUGCGAAAGGAUUUGGGGAGAUGAGUGUGGAGUUUGGGAAAGGAGUUAGGGAUGUGUUGAAGCAGAGUGUUAUAAAAGAGGAUUCGAUACUUGUGAGGAAAAUUGGAGUGCCUUGUUAUAAGGUUUGCAGGAGAUUGAGUUUUUUGAAUGAAUAUUUGCUGCCAGAAGAUCGUGAUCCGGCUCAUGCUUGGAGUGUUAUAUUAUUUGUCUUGUUUAUUGCUUCUGCAGUGCUGAUUGCAAGUAAUGAUAAUAUAUAUCCAACUCCAUCGGUCAAGAAAGUUUAUAUACAUCCUCCAAGUGCUAGUCGAAUUUUGCUCCCAGACGGUAGACAUUUGGCUUAUCAUCAGCAAGGCGUUCCUGCAGAGCUGUCUAGAUUUUCUAUGAUUGCUCCACAUUCUUUUCUCUCGUCUCGGCUUGCAGGAAUACCUGGCAUCAAGACUUCUCUGCUGGAAGAAUAUGGUAUUCGCUUGGUAACAUAUGAUCUUCCAGGAUUUGGAGAAAGUGAUCCUCAUCCUUCCAGGAACCUUGAAUCAUCAGCCAUGGAUAUGCUACAUUUAUCAUAUGCUGUCAAUGUUACUGACAAAUUCUGGGUGGUGGCAUACUCUGGUGGAAGUAUGCAUGCUUGGGCUGCCCUUAGAUACAUCCCUGACAGGAUUGCAGGUGCAGUCAUGGUUGCUCCAAUGGUUAACCCAUAUGAACCAAAAAUGACCAAGGAGGAUAAGAAUAAAAUGUGGAAGAACUGGACAACGAAGAAGAAAGCCAUGCAUAUAUUAGCUAGGAAGUUUCCAAGACUACUUCAUUACUUUUACCGUAGAAGCUUCCUCAGUGGAGUCCAUGGCCAGAUCGAAACACGGCUUGCCUUGUCACUUGGAAUAAGAGAUAAAGCUUUGUUGGAGCACCCAUUGUUUGAUGAGUUCUGGCAGAGAGAUCUAGAAGAAUCUGUUCGACAGAAGAACGCGAAACCAUUUGUGGAGGAAGCUGUCUUACAGGUUUCAAAUUGGGGUUUUAGCCCUGCAGACCUCAAAGUGCAGAGGAAACGCCCUGGAAAGGGUAUUUUGCAUUGGAUUAAAUCUCUAUAUGGUCAAACAGAAGAAAUUUUGACUGGAUUUAUUGGUCAAAUACAUGUAUGGCAGGGGAUGGAAGAUAUGGUGGUACCCCCAUCCACAAGUGAUUUUUUGCAGCGAGUCCUACCAGAUGCGAUGGUACAUAGGCUCUUAUACGAGGGUCAUUUUACUUAUUUUUACUUUUGCGAUGAAUGCCAUAGACACAUUUUUAGCACUGUUUUUGGAAAUCCUCAAGGACCUCUUGUCCCAGAACCAGAAGCAGAGCAAUCUCCCAUCCAAAACGAUGACGGAGAGACACAAGAUACAAUUAUGGGUGAUGUUGCCACUGAUGAAGAGAAUGUAUUUAGUCUAGUUAAUUCUGAUAAAGAAGACUACAUCGACUAGCUUGUCCACGAAAACCGUCCAACUGUCCGUUAUCUAUAUGGCCACUGCAUUUCCUUCCUAGCUUUGUGAAUAAUACGAAGCAUAGAUUACCUAGGAAGAUAUAGUUACAGGAAAGAUCAGUUUUUUUUUAACACAAUUCUAUAUAGUGUAAGAUCUACUUAUUACAAGAUCACAGCUAUAAAGAUGAGUCUCGUUAUAUGAUUUUGAUUAGGCUGGGUGCUGUUCACAGGAGAAAAAAUUAGCCUUGGCAAUUGAUAACAUUGGCAUAUUUAUCUUGACUUCUUUUCAUUUACUUUUUAUUUUUCCUUUUAGCAUCUUUGGUUAUAAAAAGGUCCAAGAAAGUUUGGAAUAAAAGCAUGUUAUUUCUAGUGUUC